AUAUUUCCAACUGUGUGUACGUCGAACGUAAGAGCUAGUGGCCUUUGUUCAUUCCCGGGACUGAAACAUGUCUGCCUCGAACGCCACUUAUACCUUGUCAACGACGAUGAACGUUACAGAGAUGACACGCGAACCAGAAGACCCAUACCAGUUCGUAUUACCAUGGUGGCAACAGACGAUAUUUUACUUUGCAUUCGCUGCGAUUCUGCUGAUUUCUGCCGGCGGAAACCUUGUCGUCAUCUGGAUAGUUUUGGCCCACAAACGCAUGCGAACGGUCACCAACUAUUUCCUUGUCAACCUGGCUCUGGCGGAUUUCCUCAUCUCUCAAUUAAAUCUUCCGUUUACGUUUCUAUACUUGUUGUAUCAAGACUGGUGGUUCGGAACAUUCUUUUGCAAACUAUCGUGUUUUAUAUCCCCGUGUACUAUCUCUGCAAGUGUUCUUACCUUCAUGGCCAUUGCCGUUGACAGAUACAUCGCCAUUCUAUAUCAGCUUCGACCACGCAUGCCAAAACGUCACGUGAUAGUGGCCAUAAUCUUCAUCUGGCUCUUCUCCAUAGCAUUGGCAUUUCCAAAUCUAAUUUACUUUGAAACGGCUUCUAAUCUUGCCGGUACGAUCUGCUUCAUCACGUGGCCAAUAGAAACGGAUCUAACGUAUAACUACCUACUUCUUUUACUGAACUACCUGUUACCGUUGCUCACCCUUGUCUCCGCCUACUCGCGCGUUGGCAUGGAGCUAUGGGGAAGCAGGGCUAUAGGGGAGGAGACGUCAAUCCAGAGAGAUAGGGUCAAGUCGAAACGAAAGGUGGUUAAAAUGAUGCUCGUGGUGGUUCUCAUAUUUGGUAUAUGCUGGUUACCAAUGCACGCAUACUAUCUGCUGACCAGCCACUACAGAUCUAUAACCGAAUACAAAUACAUCCAACAGAUCUACAUAAUUAUCUAUCUGAUGGCCAUGAGUAACUCCAUGUAUAACCCGAUAAUCUAUGGAUGGAUGAAUUCUAGAUUCCGGGAGGGUUUCAUUCACGUAUUCUGCUGGUGCCCGUGUCGCCGUUGCAAGAGGUCAAGGUCCCAGCUUCGCUUGCGCCGGACGCUUUUCCCAACCGCGACGAGGGCUAUGUCCGAGAAGUAUAGCUCCGAUCGAACCGGUUCAACGAUGCACACGUUGGCAGAAUACGUGGACACGGAAUCAUACGGCACUCGACGCAGCAAUCAAAUCCAAAGCACCGUUCGCCGAGGAUCACCUAGACGGACAGAUAAUGUGUUGUGAAAAAAGGGUGCGAAAGUGAACAUGUUGAUAUAAAACUAGUAUGAUGAAUAGCUCGAUAACAUUAACAGUUUCGUGUUGGUGAAUAUUCGUUGUAAAGCCUCACACGGAGGAACUGAAUAUUCUAAAUACACAUCCUAAAUAGUUUUACAUUCAUUCAAUCUUGAAGUUUUACAAAAGCGGUAACUAUGUUUCUGAUUCGCCGUUUAAUGAUAACAAUGUUUGUACCUUUAUCAGGGUCGUUUGUAGUUCAUUAAAUUGAUUAGUUGUUUAUACGAUCAGAGCUAAAUAUUUGAAAAAUAAUGCGAAAUGAAACUAGUGUUAAUUGUAUGUGUGAUCAACAACUUGGUUAUAAACGUGUGUAAAAAUGUGAGAUGUACACAUAUACAUCAUGUUUCUGUUGUAAUACUAAAACGUGCUUGCAAAAGGUGAUAUCGCACUGACAACACAACUGACAAUAGUUUGAAGUACAGAUUGUUUUGUUCAAUUGUUAUUUAUUGCAAUUGUACAGUUAGUUAUGUCUUAUAUGUAGUAAACAAUAAAUUUCGUACGUUU